ACAUAACAUUUGUAGAAAACCUUUUCAGUAUUUAAGUAUGAAAAUUUCUCUAAAGCCUUCUCUUUUUCUCUUCCAAAUUUUCUUGUUUUCCUUUCUUCCAUUGAAGAUCAUGGCUUCACCAAGAACACAAGCAGAAGCUCUUAUACAAUGGAAGAAUAGCUUGUUUUCUUCACCACCUUCUCUAAAUUCUUGGUCCACCAAUAAUAUUGGCAAUCCCUGCAAUUGGACUUUUAUCACUUGUGAUAGCUCCACUGGAAUGGUGUCUGAAAUCAACCUCAUCUGUUCAAACAUCAUUGGAACAUUAGCUAAGUUCAACUUCACCCCAUUUUCCAAUUUGACCCGCUUUGAUCUCCACAAUAAUAGUCUUACUGGAUCAAUUCCACCAACCAUUGGCAGCUUAUCCAAGCUCACUCACUUGGACUUGAGCAACAAUAGCUUGGUAGACAUUGUGCCAGUGGAGAUAGGGCAGUUGAUGGAGCUUCAGUAUCUUAGCUUGUUUAACAACAACCUCAAAGGUAGCAUCCCUUAUCAAGUUAGCCAUCUUCAAAAGGUAUGGUACUUAGACCUUGGAUGGAAUCACUUAACAACUCCUGAUUGGUCCAAGUUCUUGGACAUGCCUCUAUUAAUUCACCUUGGAUUUUCAAAAAAUACAUUGAAAUCAGAUUUCCCUUCUUUCAUCAUCAAUUGUCGAAAUCUUACUUUUUUGGACUUGUCAAACAAUUACUUGACUGGACAAAUACCAGAAUUAGUGUUCACCAAUCUGGUUAAGCUUGAGGCCUUCAAUCUUGAUAGUAAUCUAUUCCAAGGUUCACUAUCAUCAAACAUUUCCAUGCUUUCUAAGCUUGUAGCUCUUCAGCUAGGAGCCAACCAAUUCAAUGGCCCAAUUCCUGAAAGUUUAAGUCUCUUGUCUGAGCUUGAAAUUCUUGAAUUGUAUGAAAAUCCUGUAGGAGGUAUCAUUCCAUCUUCUUUCGGUAAACUAAAGAAACUAAAGGAACUUAAUCUUCAUUCCAACUCCUUCAAAUCUACCAUCCCUUCUGAGCUUGGUUCUUGUACCAAUCUCACCUUUUUGGCUUUAGCAGGGAAUCAACUCACUGGUCAACUACCUCUAUCCUUCUCCAAUCUAGUUCAAAUCUCUGAGUUAGGUCUUUCUGAUAAUUUUCUUUCUGGUCAAAUCCCAUCUUCUCUUAUUGGUAGUUGGACCCAAUUGAUCUCAUUGCAGCUUCAAAACAAUAGUUUUACAGGUAAGAUUCCAUCUGAAAUCGGCUUACUAACAAAGCUAAGGAUUCUCUAUCUAUAUAACAACAUGCUUUCAAACUCCAUUCCUUCGGAGAUAGGGAAUUUGAAAAAUCUUGUAGAGUUAGACCUUUCAGGAAACCAACUUUCUGGCUCAAUUCCUUUAACUCUGUGGAGUCUUACAAACCUUCAAAAAUUGCAGUUGUUCUUUAAUAAUCUCAAUGGCACAAUCCCUCCAGAGAUUGGAAAUAUGGCAUCUCUGCAAUCUCUUGAUCUCAACACAAACCAACUGUCUGGGGAAUUACCAGAGAACAUUUCUAGCCUUACAAAUUUAGCUGCAAUCUCUCUAUUCACCAACAAUUUCUCAGGUAGCAUCCCUAAAGAUUUUGGGAAAUACAGUCCCUUUUUAUUGUAUGUGAGUUUCUCAAACAAUAGCUUCUCUGGAGAACUCCCACCUGAAUUGUGCAGUGGUCUUCUUCUUGAAAUUAUCACUGUCAAUGACAACAAGUUCAUUGGUUCAUUGCCAGCUUGCCUUAAGAAUUGUACACAGUUAAAAAGGGUUCGGUUUGAUGGGAACCAAUUUACAAGUGACAUCACAAAUGCAUUUGGGCUGCAUCCAUUCUUGAAUUAUAUUUCUCUUAGUGACAAUCAAUUUAUUGGUGAAAUCUCUCCACAAUGGGGGCAAUGCCGAAAUCUCACCAAUCUACAGAUGGAUAGAAAUAGAAUUUCUGGCCAAAUACCUGCAGAGCUUGGUAAAUUGAACGAGUUGGUUGUUCUUAGGCUUGACACAAAUGAUUUAUUUGGAAAUAUUCCUGAUAAAUUGGGAAAUUUAAGCGUGUUGUCCAACCUAAGUUUGAGUAAGAAUCAUCUAACUGGAGAGAUACCUCAGGGUAUAGGGCAUUUGCAGAGACUUCAACUUCUUGAUUUGUCAGGGAACAACUUGAGUGGGAGUAUACCAAAAGAGAUUGGAAAUUUGAAAAAUUUACUGAGCUUGGACUUGAGCCACAACAAUCUAUUUGGUAGCAUCCCACGUGAACUUGGAAACUUAUUUUCAAUUCAGAUCAUACUUGAUCUAAGCAGCAAUUCAGUAUCAGGAGUAAUCCCCCAGGAUUUGUCAAGGCUUACAUCACUAGUGAAUCUUAAUGUGUCACAUAAUCAUCUGUCUGGCACUAUUCCAGCUAGCUUAUCUAGCAUGAUUAGUCUCAUGACAAUUGAUUUCUCCCAUAAUGAGUUGAUAGGUCCAAUUCCAACUGGGGGUAAGUUUCGAAAUGCUUCCAGUGAGGCCUUUGUUGGAAACAUGGGUUUGUGUGGAAAUGUUGAUGGAUUGACCCCUUGUAGUUCAAUUUCCAGCAACAACAAGUCCAAUAAGAGUAACCACAGGAUUCUUAUUAUUGUCCUUGUUCCUGUUUGUGCCCUUUUAGUUCUAAUAUCAGUUGCUGUCAUGAUAAAAAUGCAUUGUGUUUAUAAGCAACUAAAUGAUGAGAAAGGCAAAAGUAGAAAAAGGCCUAAGAGUUAUGAGACAAUGAUAUGGGGAAUGGAAAGGAAAGUAACUUUUGGUGAAAUUGUAAAAGCUACUGAGGAUUUUGAUGAUAAGUAUUGCAUUGGAAAAGGGGGAUUUGGAAGUGUUUACAAAGCCUCAUUAUCCACCGGUCAAGUAGUUGCUGUGAAGAAACUCAAUAUACCAGAUCCUAGUGAUAUCCCAGCUACCACUCGCCAGAGUUUUGAGAAUGAGAUUCGUGUUUUGACAGAAGUUAGGCAUCGAAACAUCAUCAAGCUACAUGGAUCUUGUUCAACAAGGAACUGCAUGUAUUUGGUUUAUGAUUACAUUGAGAAAGGAAGCUUGGCCAAUGUAUUGUACGGAGUGGGAGCAGAAGUGGAGCUAGGAUGGGCUACAAGGGUGAGAAUUGUGCAAGGAUUGGCUCAUGCCCUUGCAUAUUUGCACCAUGACUGCUCUCCCCCCAUUGUUCACCGAGAUAUCUCCUUGAAUAACAUCUUGCUUGAGUCAGAACUUGAGCCGAAGCUCUCAGAUUUUGGCAUCGCAAGGUUGCUAGAUCCAAAUUCUUCCAAUUGGACAACAGUUGCUGGAUCUUAUGGCUACAUGGCACCAGAGCUUGCACUCACAAUGCGAGUGACAGAAAAAUGUGAUGUUUAUAGCUUUGGUGUGAUAUCAUUGGAAGUUAUUAUGGGAAGGCAUCCAGGGGAGCUGCUGAACUCUUUAUCAUCAUCAACAUUUUCAUUAGAAGACAAAGAAGUGCUUUUGCAGGAUGUGCUAGACCCUCGACUACCAUCUCCCACAGGCCAAACAGUAGAGGAAGUCAAGUUGGUCGUCAAGAUAGGCUUCGCUUGCACGUGUACAGUGCCAGAGUCCCGACCUACCAUGCGUUUUGUGGCACAAGAAUUGUCAGCAAAAACACAAGCUUGCUAGGCAGAACCACUAAAGACAAAAACUAUUAGCAAGCUUAAUGGCCAUUUGAAAUAGAAUGAAAGAUACACCGUGUGUGCUGGUUUCAAUUUGGUAUGCAUAGACAUGCCAAUCAAAUCCUAGGUUUGAUAUUUAUUCUCUACUUAGAAAUAAGAUUUUUGUAAAAUACUGUGUAGCAAAAUGUAUUAGAUAGCACCUCAAUAAGGAUCCCUUGCUCUAUGCUGUUUAGAAUUGGUGUACCUUUGCUCUGUUUUUCCGUAGGGGAUAUAAUCCGGAUAUGUUUUAUAACAU